AUGAAGUGCACCAUUACAGGACUUUUUAGUCUGAGGAGAUUUGAUGAAUUCGCAAAAAUAAAUGAAAAUGAUGAGAAAGGGAGAGGAGGAGUAUUCGAUCCUAUGGCUUCCAUGGCCAACCCAUUCUAUAUCUCAUCUUCUUCUAAACUGACCCGGAAAGCUUCAGUCUUCACACCCAACAACUUGGUUGAGCUAUCUGAAGUGAGAUCGAUAGGUCUUAUGGCUCCCACCAUUGCGGAUGUCCAUUUGGGUAAUCAGAGCUAUCUUUACGGAAAGGAAGUGGGGUACAACACAGAUGAUGAUUUCAACUCAGCCUAUGCCAAGCUGCGACAAGGAAUGACUAAUGAGUUCCAAUUGAAGGAUGGACUAAUGUAUAAGGGAACUGUUUCCCUCUUUUCAGCCGGGGCGGCCGACGGAAGGAACUUUUGGUCCUUCUUCUUUUGGAUGCGGGGCGUGCCACCACCAAGCCCUGAAUUUGGGCUUGAAUGGAAUGUGAAUAGAUGGAUGUGUUGCGUUUCUAACUUCUGA